UGUGUGGGCGUUAUGGAAUACUGUGUACAAAACAUAAGCAGCGGUCCCUGUGUCCGCAGCCUGAUUGAUUACCUAUCUCGAUGGCUGCCCGACGGCCGACGCGACCCAUUGUUGGGGUGGGGACUGCGGCUGUCCCACCGUUUUCCCCCCAACCCUGCACAGCAAGCAGUCAUCCAGCCAGCCGACGUUAACAGCUAACCAUAAGACUUGUGGCUGGGGAAUUGCUCGAUCUGGAUAAUACAAGAAGAAUGGCAUUGGAGAGCAGGGAACGAGGGGCGUGCAUGAGCAGACUGCAAAAGUCCGGGCAAAGCGUGUGACCUUGAGAGAGGC